CGACUGCUCUACUUGUUUGUUUUUAUGAGAAAAAAAUCAUAAGACGAAGUGAAUCUUAAGAGAUCCAAGCAUUCUUUUUGUCUUAGGUGGUUUAAUAAGUUCUUAAAACUGUUUAUGUUCAUGAUAUUCUUUCACUUUUGACACGAAAGAGAAAUACGAAAACAUCAAAAUCCCUUUCUUGUGAUCAAGGCAAACACCAGAUCCCUUUCUUCUUUGGGAUUCAUUAAGAAUCUAAUUAGUUUUUCCUAUAUAAUAAUGUUUCAUCCAGAGAAAGGACUCACAGGAUUGUCAUUGUGAGUUCUUGGAUAAAACUCCAAAUCAAAGGGAAUGGAUCCGACCCUAUAUAAUGCUGCGAUGAGAGGCAAUAUCGGAGAUGCCAAUUUUCUACUUGCUGAUCAUCUGAAAAGGGAUGAAGAAAAUGGCUACCAAGUCACUCCAAAGGGAAACACGGUCCUCCAUGUCGCAGCCCUCUAUGGCCACUCCCAUUUUGUGGAAGAAGUCCUUAAGAUUACUCCAGCAUUGUUUUGCUGUCAAAACAAGAAAAAUGAAACCGCUCUUCACAUAGCAGCUAAUGAAGGGCACACUGAAGUAGUACGUGUGCUACUUGCAUGUGUCGAAGAUCAUAAUACUAAGGAGAAACUCACGAGGAUGAUGGAUGCUAGUGGAGAUACAGCGCUGCACAAGGCCGUGAGGAGCCAACAUCUAGAUGUGGUUAAGCUCUUGGUGACAGAAGAUCCUGAAUUUGAAUUUCCGCCUAACCAUGCGCAGGAGACGCCACUGUAUCUGGCGGCUGAAUCUGGUUUUCAUGAUGCUUUGAUUAAAAUUUUGGAAUCCUUCAAGAAACCAACUUAUGUUGCAGGUCCAUCUAAUAGAACGCCUCUGCAUGCAGCAGUAAUUCAGGAACAUAAAGAUUGCAUUAGAUCACUAUGGCGUUGGAAUAAACCUUUAUGCGAGGAACCUGACUUAUGGGGUUGGAAUUCACUGCACUAUGCUGUUAAAUUAGGAUUGACGGACGUAGUAUCUGAUAUGCUGGAGUGGAAAAAAUCCUUAGUGUACCUUCCGGCAGGCAGUGAAAAUGACUGGACUACAGCAAUUCACAUUGCAGCCAGUCAAGGUUACGUAUACAUGAUAUAUAAGCUAUUAAAUCAGUGCCCUGAUUGUUGGGAUAUGCUUAACAGCAACAAUCAAAAUGCUCUUCAUGUUGCCGUAUUGAACAAUCAAGACAAUGUAGUCCGCUUCUUAUUAGACUCUGAUAAGUGCAGCAGCCUUGUUGAUGAGCCAGAUAGCGACGGCAACACUCCUCUCCAUUUGCUUGCUGCCUCUGAUAACCAUGUGCCUGAAUUAAUAAACCAUCCUAGAGCAAAGAAGAUGUCAUUUAACAAACAAAACCAGACUCCACUUGAUAUAGCAUUGUCAUGCAAAGCGACAACAAAGAAGGAGAAAUUGGUGGAGGAUUUGUUUAGCAAUGGCCUAUUUGGAAAACGUGACUUUGAGGUAAAGCGGAAGUACAAGUCCAUGUCCAAUCCAAAUGAUCAAACGGGUAUAGGAGUCGCAAUGCAACUGAGGAAAGAUGAUCAAGAUAAAGCUGAAAACGCAGAUCAAACAGUAAUUGAAAGUAUUAUGAAAGUAGCUCAAAUCCAUAUUGUUGUGGCCACUUUGAUAAUGACAGUCACUUUCGCCGCUGGUAUCACAUUGCCAGGAGGUUUUGAGAGCAACUCUGAUAGCCCUAAUCAAGGGAUGGCGAUUCUAAUAAGGAAAACAUCAUUUCGUGCAUUUGUUGUUUCCAAUGCCAUUGCCUUCACAUUCUCAGCUGUUGCCAUAUUCAUCUACUUCCUCAUGGCAGCUCAAAGUAGAAUUCCUCAACGGAAAAAAAUUGUAUGGAAGUUUUAUAAUCUCGCAGCUAUUUUUCAGUGCUUGUCAAUGUUAGCAGUAGUGAUUGCAUUUGCAACUGGUAUGUUUGCUACUUUAUCACAUUCACUUGGUCUUGCCGUUACUGUCUAUUUCAUAAGUUGCCUCUCUAUUUUAUUGUACUUCUUGGUUGUUAUUUAUAGUUGUAGAUAUAUAUGAUGAGAGUGAGAUGAAGAAUGUAAGCCAGUAGCUACUACUUGUACUUAUUGCUUGCAUAUAUAUAAUUCAACUACAUAUUUCAGUUUUUA